UUUUCUGUACCAGACACUCAGUUGAUCAGUACAUCAACUUGCGGCAUUGAAUUUAAUUUUUUAUUCAAUCAUAUUUACUUAACAUUCCUCAAUAAAUUAUAUCUGACAAGCGCUUUUUUUAUUUUGAAUAUUCAAACAAGUUAUAAAAUGGCGCCAGUUGGUACGACAAAGUAUCAGUAUGACUUGGUAGUGAUUGGAGGUGGAUCUGGAGGACUUGCGGCAGCUAAAGAAGCUGUUGAAUUGGGAGCUAAAGUUGCAGUAUUAGAUUACGUGACACCUUCACCACAGGGCACUAAAUGGGGACUUGGUGGUACAUGUGUCAAUGUCGGAUGUAUUCCGAAAAAAUUGAUGCACCAGGCAGCAUUACUUGGAGAAGCUAUUCAUGAAGCUGCUUCAUAUGGUUGGCAAAUACCUAAUCGAGAGUCUGUGUCAGUUGACUGGGAAAGUUUGAAGACUGCGGUACAGAAUCAUGUAAAGUCAGUUAACUGGGUGACACGUGUCGAGUUACGUGACAAAAAAGUUGAAUACAUUAACGCGAAUGGUUACUUCAAGGAUCCUCAUACAGUUGUGGGUGUUUUAAAGAACGGAGAUCAGAAGGAAGUUACUGCUGAAAAUGUUUUGAUAGCAGUUGGCGGACGUCCAAGAUACCCGGAAAUCCCGGGAGCUUUGGAGUACGGAAUAACGAGUGACGACAUCUUCAGCUUGGACAGAGCACCUGGUAAAACUUUGGUCGUGGGUGCUGGGUACAUUGGACUAGAGUGCGCUGGAUUUUUAAAUGGCCUUGGAUACGAUGCCACGGUGAUGGUGAGAUCUGUUGUCCUCCGUGGGUUCGAUCAGCAGAUGGCUAAUCUUGUUGCUUCUGAAAUGGAGCACCAGGGGGUUCAUUUUGUACAUCAAGCGAAGCCGAAAAAUAUUGUCAAGCAAGAAGACGGACGGCUGCUGGUUCACUGGGUUGACAAAGACGGUGAAGUCCACAAAGAUGUCUAUGACACGGUUUUAUUUGCUAUUGGACGACAGGCUUUGACUCCGCAGUUGAAAUUAGAGAACGCUGGUGUCCAGGUUGUGCCAGAGACCUUUAAAAUAGCUGCUGAGAAUGAACAGACCAAUGUUCCUAAUAUUUAUGCUGUCGGUGACGUUCUUCAUAAAAGACCAGAAUUGACACCAGUGGCUAUCCAUGCUGGUAAAUUACUUGCGAGAAGGCUCUUUGGCAACUCAACGGCGACAAUGGACUACGAGAACGUCGCGACAACGGUCUUCAGUCCACUGGAGUAUGGGUGCGUUGGUCUAGGUGAAGAGCACGCGAUAUCAAUAUACGGCGAAGACAAUGUCGAAAUUUACCACGCGUUUUACAAACCCACCGAGUUCUUUAUCCCGCAAAAAAAUAUAAAGCACUGCUACUUAAAAGUUAUCGUACUCAAGAAUAAGGAUGAGAAAGUUAUCGGCAUGCACUUCAUUGGUCCCCAUGCUGGUGAAGUAAUCCAAGGAUUCGCAGCCGCUAUUAAAUGUAACUUGACAUUCCCAAUAUUAAAAUCAACCGUUGGUAUUCAUCCAACGAUCGCCGAAGAAUUUACUCGAGUGAUGAUCACCAAGAGGUCUGGCAAAGACCCCAACCCACAGAGCUGCUGUAGUUAAAUUAUUUUAAUUUAUUUUUUGAUCAACAUUAAACCGUCACCUUCCAGUAAAACUUUAGAUUAUUUUUCUAUGCUAAAUUCAAAAACAUUUUCGCUUUGUCACAGUUUUAAUUAAUAAAAAAAAAGUAUAAGUACUUAA